AUGAUGGUGUGCUCAAUGUGUGACACACAUUUCUGCUGGAACUGUGAUGCGAUUCUCGAUGGUAUUAUGUAUGGGCACUUCUCGGAAUCACCGGACUGUCAAGGACAAGGACCGCAAAUUCCACUUGGCGACUGA